GCAGUCUUAGCUUAACGGAAUGGCUAGCUUAGUUUGCUAGCGAAUAACAUACUGGAUAAACUGACCCUACGCUAGUGCGGUCUAGCAAUAGAGUUAGCUGUGGGCUAAUUGGCCGCUCCUGGGCCAUGGUGUUCUUAAGCGGAGGUUACAGGGUUAAAAUCUAUGACAAUCAGCCGGGACAAGCAUCGAGGGCCAUUGCAGAAAUCAGGAAGCAAGUAGAGGAGCUUCAGGAAGCUCAAAUGCUUAGAGGAAAUCUCAGUGCUUCAGAGCAGUUGAGUCAGCUGAGCAGUCAUGAUGACCUUUCACAGGCACUAGAGGGAGCAUUUUUUGUGCAGGAGUGUGUUUUUGAGGAACUACAGGCCAAGCAGGCUGUUUUCCAGGCUGUGGAAAAUCACGUGGGUGAGGACACGGUCCUCAGCAGCUCCACCUCGUGUCUGAUGCCGAGCAACAUCUUCUCUCUAGUCCAGAACCCAAAACGCUGUCUCAUAUCCCACCCGGUGAACCCACCUUACUAUGUUCGUCUCGUAGAACUGGUUCCUCACCCUGCGACCUUGCCGACGGCUAUGGAGAUGGCUUUUGAAUUGAUGAAGGAAGUGGGGCAGGCCCCUGUUCGCCUCAGGAGGGAGAUCGAUGGCUUUGCACUAAAUCGAGUCCAGUAUGCCAUUAUAGCGGAGUGCUGGAGACUGGUUAAAGAUAAUGUGAUCUCAGUAAAGGAUAUCGAUCUGGUGAUGUCAGAGGGACUGGGCAUGCGCUACGCUUUCAUCGGUCCAAUUGAAACGAUGCAUCUCAAUGCACCAAAUGGUCUUGAAGACUACCUUGGACGCUAUCGGGAGGGAAUGAGAAGAGUUCUGUCGAGUUUUGGGCCUACUCCCGAGUUUGAUGGAGAGGCAGCAGCUAGAAUCAAUAAAGAGAUCUGUGAGUUUAUCCCAAGUGACCAGGAGAAUCUCUCUGCCAGAAGAGAGAGAAGGGAUCAGCUGCUGAUGAGGCUUGCUAAGCUUAAGAAGUGAAUGACUUCUACCUCUUUACUCAGUCUCCAAAAAAAAAAAAAAAAAAAAAGUUCAAGCCAACUCUCAGAGUACCAGCUAAUCCUCUGUUCUCAGGAAUACUGUUUUAACAACAGGAUGUCUCUGCUUUCUGUGCAUUUGAUUCUGAAUUGAAAACAUAACCUAUUACUAUUAAAAUUUUUAAUAUAACCCUUCUUAUCAUUAAAAAAAAUAAAAUAAACCGGAACGGGG